UAUGUUAAUUAGUAAGCACUUGGAGCUUGAAGAUGAAGGAGCUGUUUCUCUUCGUCAAGAGCCUUUGCUGGCUGCUCUGUGCAGCUGCACUGUUCAGCGGAUGUGCUGCAGAUGGAGAACUUGAAGAAGACAGCAGUCUUUUGCUAGGUGAAUUGGGGAAUGUCCUGUAUGACCAAUGCUCAACAGAGGACACCAACUUCCCCUAUGGGAGCUGCAUGCUCCCCCAGGAGUGUGAUCUCAUAGGAGGGACGACCUCGGGAUCCUGCGCUGAAGGACUGGGGUCCUGCUGCAUAGUCAAGAAGAGCUGCGGAGAAUCAACAGCAUUCAACAACUCGUACUUCGUCCACCCCGAGGAGAGUCACGAAGGGGCAUGCGCCCUCACCAUCCAGAGGAUGAAUGAAGACAUUUGUCAGGUUCGCCUGGACUUCCUGGAACUUCGCCUCUCUCAGCCUGACUGGGAUGGCCAUUGCAACGACGAUUUCCUGACGGUGACAGGCGAAGCAUCCAACCCCUCCAUUCCGAUCAUAUGUGGUCACAAUGAUGGCCAGCAUAUGUACGUGGAAGUUGCAGCUGACGGAGGGGUGCUGGAAUUAGUCGUGGACUCGGCACUGCCAUCUAGCGGUCGUUCGUGGAGGAUCCAAGUCACACAGAUUGGGUGUGACUCAAGAUACUUAGCCCCUAGUGGAUGUUUGCAGUACUACACCGAGUCCGUUGGGAAUGUCAGUAGCUUCAACUUCUUACAUGUACCUGUAGUACCACCAGCAGUACCUGCAACUUCCCAGAUAGCCAACCACAACUAUGGCAUCUGUGUGAGAAGAAUGCCUGGCUACUGUGGCAUCGUUUGGGCAAGAGACUUCACUACGGACUACAGUUUCACUGUCUCCGGGGAUGUGAAUGCUCUCAUGCCUGGCUUCAUCGGUGAUCCUGCCUCCUGUUCGACUGGAAGUGACUGCCCAUCUGACUAUGUGAUCAUCCCUGGGGGUUAUUCCGAAGACUUUGACCCCGAGCAAGGGGACAGAUUCUGCGGGUUGGGAUUCCCCAACAGCGUGAUGAGUACUUCCGCUCCGUUCGUCCUCUACGUCAGGACUGACGACACCGAAGCCGGAGAUGGAGGGAACCUAGGCUUCAGUUUCAAUUACCGCCAGGUAGUUGAUUGCUAAUGAAGCCGUUUCAAAGACAGCUCUCUCACAGAUACUACUACUACGACAAAGUUCAUCCUACCAAUGGAGGAAUACGAGAAGUUUCAGAAUGUGGCAGCCGCUGAUAGAUUUUGAAAUUGUUAUCGCAUCGCUGCAAGUCUUCCAAGUCACGUUGAUAACUGAAUUAAAAGCCGAAAUGU